AUGGGUGUAAUGGCCGUCCGUCUAUUCAUCACGAUUCUCCUCCUUUUCCAUCAAAUUUCAUCGUCCAUUCAACAAAGCGGUCAAGUGGAUCAAUUCACACCUCCGAAUGAUCGAGGUGAGAUUCUGUCUCGUGAUCGUCGUACUUUGAACUGUAAAAAGGAUUGUCCGGAAACCGUUCUCUUGGGAUCUUGUCAAAGAAAUCUGAAUCAAACCCAACAAAAACUCGUCGAGGCCCGAGGAAAAAUCAGCGGACUCGAGAGGGAAAUCGCAAGAGAGCGGAACGAAACGAAGGACAAAGACGUCGAGAUGAGUCGAUCGACAGCAAAAAUGGCUCAAAUCGAGGCGAAUUUAAUGGGGAGAAUCGCCGAGACGAAAAGGAAGAACGACGAUCUCCAAGCACAAUUAAGAACUCAAAAUACGGAAGCAAGAGACGUAAAAGCUAAGAUUGGAGAGCUCGAAGGGAAAAUCAACGCAUUGCAGAGCAAGAACUCUGACCCGGAAACCCAAAUAAAUCAAACCAUAAGUUUCUUGGAUCUAUAUCGGGAUGGAUGGUCGUAUUUGGCCGAAACCGCUUCUUGGUACAAGGCUUUCGAUCAAAGAAUGCCAUUUGAUGAAGCCGAGGCAUAUUGUGCGAGUCGAAAGAUCGAUUUAGUCUCAAUUCACAGUCAGGAAGAGAACGAUUUUGUUCAGAAACUCGCGAAAAAUGUUAAUUCGGAUUCUGUGUUCUGGAUCGGACUGAAGAGAAAUCCGAACAAAGAAAAUGCUUUUGAAUGGACGGAUGGAAGUUCGGUGGAUUUCAUGAAUUGGGGGGUUGGACACCCAAAUUCGGACCCCCCCGCUUUGCUUUGGAGCCUCGAGGGGAAAUGGGUGGCAUAUUCUCAUCGUUCUCAUGUUUUUGCCGGUAACCUUGGGAACUUUGUCAGUGAUGGACUCGUUCCCGAUAUUAUUCCCAAUCCACCACCAAAUCCACUUACUGUCACGUAUCAAGGAGGAGUGCAGAUGAAUUUCGGAGACGAACUCACUCAACAACAAGUUUUCUACCAACCAUUUGUCAGCUGGGCAUCUGAGCCAAAUGCCUUGUAUACUCUCAUUUUCACAGAUCCGGAUGGCCCAUCAAGAGCCAACCCAACCUCCCGCGAGUUUGUUCACUGGAUGGUAGUGAACAUUCCCAAUUCAAAUGUGUCACAAGGAGACGAAGUGGUUGGAUAUUUGCCAUCUGGACCGGCACGUGGCACUGGACUUCACCGUUACACUUAUCUUCUCUACAAACAAAAUGGAAGAAUCAAUCCUGGCACCAAGAUCCAAAGCACUACACUCGCCGGUCGAAGACCGUUUCACUCCAACAUUUACGCUCAACAAAAUCGAAUGACUCUGGUGGCCGGGAAUUUCUAUCAGUGUCAAUGGCAUCAAGGAGAUUUGGGACCACCAUCAAAA